AUGUAAUACUAUUGCUAACUGCAUUAGUCUAUAUUUACAUAGGUCUGUCUUCAAUAGGAUUGCAUAAAGAAAGGACCCUUAUGUGACAUGUGUGUUGAUAAUCAUAAAAUUCAUACGAUUAAAAAUUUAGAAGCAUAUUUGGAUGAUUACACAAAAUACUUAAAUAUGGAGUAUUAAGCAUAAAUAUUGUAAAAAUUAGAAUAAAUGAAAUAAUACUUUCAUGACAAGAUUUCAUCAUUAUAAAUAGAUGUAAAUUUUAUAGAUGAAAAGAGAAAAAAAGAAAUAAUUAAACAGUUGAAGCAAGAGAAAAUGAGUCAUCAAUAAUAUCAAUCAAAAAUUAUUGAAUUAGUUCAAAGAGAUUAAUUAAAAGAUAGAGAGUAUUUAGAACAAUUUUUUGAGCAAAUAGUAGAGAUUGAAAAGGAUAUUAAAUCCUAAUUUUUAUAACUACCAUAGAAACUAGUAUAAGCUUAAUAUCGUCAUUAACCUUCACAGCAAUCUUAAUAAAUUAUAAAUACUAAAUCAAUUUUAUCAAGCGAAGUGAGAGAGUUAUCACCUUAAUUAUCAAAUCGAUCAAAUAAAUCCAAGGAACCCAUAUUCUAAUAAAAAUAAAGAAGUUAAUCGCCACUUUCUAAACAAUUGCUUUAAAGAGACUUGAUGCCAGUUGGCUCAUUUAAUAAUUCUAAAUUAAAAAAUUAUUUCACUGAAUAAGAUUCAUAAUUAUCUCUAUAAAAUUCAUUCAAAAUUACCAAGCCCUUUGACAUUGAUAAAUCAUCAAGCAAGCAAAGUAGAAUUGAAGGAGACAGGUAAAAAUCAAAAUCAUAAAAUGCUUCAUUUGAUUAAAUUAAGCAACUUGAACCUUUUAGAAAUACUUAAAAAUCAUAAAAUAUUGAAGUUUCUGCAUUUUAAUUUGAGAAACCAGAACAAUCCGAUUUAUUAUAUCAAAAGUAGAGUUAUAUAAGAUUUGUUCCACCAGAAUAGCAAUAACAAUAAGUAGUUGGUUAUUUUACGAAUCAAUAGACCUCGCCUCAAAAAGAAAAUAGCUAAUUACAUCAAAAGCAGCCUUCAAAUAUUAAACCAUAAUAUUCAAUGAAAGAUGAAAAAUAAGUCUAAUAAAGUUCAAUUCCAUAUUAAAAUGAGACCUACUUUGAAUUGCAAUAAAGUUAAAUCAAUCAACCUUAAAAUUUCGACGUUAGCUAAUAAUUCUAAUUCACUUAAUUUGUUGGUACUUAAUAAGUUUAAACUCCUUAAUAGAGUAUUCUUAUAAGAGAAUAGGAAACAAAUAAUUUUUAAAAUGGCAUGAAAUAGUCAACAUAAUCGGCAAUUUCAGGAAUAUAUAAUGAAAAUAAAUCCCCAUAAGAUAUGUCCUUCAUUAGUUCAAAAUCAAUAGUUACUCCUUAAAUAAAAGUAACAUAGAAUUUGCCCAAUCCUUUUAAAAUAGAAAAAGACUUAACACUCAAAAUUCAUGAUAAAAGCGUCAAGGAUUUAUGUUUUAUGGAUGAUGAUAAAAUAAUUACAUGUUCAAAGGAUAUGACCAUAAAAAUUUGGGAUAAGAGAACUAAAUAAUUAAAAAUUGAAUUGAAAGAUCAUACAGAUUAAAUUCUAUGCAUUGCAUUUUCUGAAAAAAGAAUAAUAGCCAGUGGAUCUGUGGACAAAACAGUUAGAAUAUGGAAACCUACUCCAUCUUGGAAAAUUGCAUUUGUUUGCUAAGGACAUUCAGAGAGAAUAAGAUGUGUAGAGUUUGUGGGAAAUUUUAUUGCUUCAGGAUCAGAUGAUACAACUUUAAAAUUAUGGGAUUUAGAUGGCUAAUUAUAGCAUUCUUUCAAAACGAAUGGCAGAAUUAGUGCAAUGGCUAUAGAUAAAAAUCUAAUUAUAGUUGGGAGUGGUAAAAAUAUUCUGGUGUUGGACAGUAAGACCAAAAACAAAUAGUAGGAAAUCAUAGGACAUAAGAAUUUGAUUAUGUGCUUAUUGCUUAGUAACUAGAACUAAUAGAGUAAGUUAAUAAGUGGAUCGAAAGAUAAUUUUAUUAAAAUAUGGUCUUAUCCGAAGAUGCAGGAAAUUAGAAGUUUAGAAGAUGAUUAUUCAAUUCAAUCUCUGUUCUUUGAUCCCAUUUCUUCAUAUCUUUAUGCUGGCCUAAUGGGAUUUGAAUAAGAAGGCAAGAUUUCAAUUUGGAAAUUGGAUGAUCAACCAAAAAAAUAAUAGGAGAUCAUUUCGAAUCCAUAUGGAUGCAACAAAGUCUUGUAUGAUGGGAUAUAUCUCUAUAGUGCUCAUGAGAAUAGAAGGAUGGAAAUUUAUGUUAUUAAUGAACUCUGA